GGUGGGUUCCAAAUUGGGCCUCAUGCUCUUGAGGCUCUUAAACCCUCCUGUUACGCGACAAUCAACAUCAACCUCUGAAAAUCAUCACUGCGUUUAGUUCUUCCCAUCUUCAUACAGAAAUGGCGAUAGCGAACUCAAGGAAGGCUGAGGAUAUUGAUAGUCUGACAUCAGAUGUCGCCUCUUUCGCCUCUUCGCUUGGUCUAUCGUCCUUGUUACCUUCCUCAUCUUCAGGUUUCAACGAUGUUGAUUUUCGCAAAAGAGGUACCAUCAAGCGUACCAUCAAGCCAAAUAAGGCAUCAAAGAAGCCAGAAACAGCCGCAAGACCUAGUUCUGAAGAUAGCCAUCAGCCCCAAAACAAGUAUCUAGGGAAAAACUGUGGAGCGCAUCAGAAAUCCAAGCCUAAGCCUUCUGUUCUAUCACUGGAAGAUGGUGAUAAGGGGAAAGGGUUUAAUAGGUAUAAGAAUCUCCCGAAGCUUCUGAUGAAAGCGAGUGCUUUGGGUGUGUGGUAUGUGGACGCGGCUGAGUUGGAAGCGAAAGUGAUUGGGGAGGGGAAAAGGAUAGAAAUAAAGAAUGUAGAAGAGUGGAAAAGCCUUGCCGAGAAAAGAAGGGAGGUGGGCGAGAGGAUGAUGGCACAGUAUGUUCAGGACUAUGAGUCGUCGAGAGGCCAAAGUGGCGACAUCAAAAUGUUGAUUUCCACACAGAGGUCGGGUACUGCAGUUGAUAAGGUGUCAGCGUUCUCAGUAAUGGUGGGAGACAAUCCAAUUGCUAAUUUACGGUCACUUGAUGCCCUCUUAGGAAUGGUGACAUCUAAGGUCGGAAAACGCCAUGCAUUGACUGGUUUUGAAGCGCUAAAAGAAUUGUUCAUCUCAAGCUUAUUACCUGAUCGUAAAUUGAAGACUUUGAUACAGCGGCCAAUAAAUCAUGUUCCCGAAAAUAAAGAUGGUUACUCUCUUUUACUGUUCUGGUAUUGGGAGGAAUGCUUGAAGCAGAGUUAUGAAAGAUUUGUUAUUGCACUUGAAGAAGCAUCCAGAGACAUGUUACCUGUACUUAAAAACAAAUCCUUAAAGUCCAUAUACAUGCUUUUGAGUAGCAAGUCAGAACAAGAGCGCAGACUACUUUCUGCUCUUGUUAAUAAGCUUGGGGAUCCGGAUAAUAAGGCUGCAUCUAAUGCUGACUUUCAUUUGUCAAACCUCGUGUCUGACCACCCAAAUAUGAAGGGUGUGGUUAUUGAUGAGGUGGAUUCUUUUCUCUUUCGCCCUCAUUUGGGACCACGGGCUCAGUACCAUGCAGUUAACUUCUUGAGCCAAAUCCGUCUCACACAUAAAGGAGAUGGGCCAAAAGUGGCAAAACGUUUAAUGGAUGUAUAUUUUGCUCUAUUUAAGGUCUUGAUUUCUGGAGCAAGCAGCAAUCGAAAGAUGGAUAAAAGCAAUAAGGCAAAUUUUAAAAGUGAAAAGUUAAAAGAUUCGCCAGAACCACAUGUUGAAUUGGAUUCACGGCUUCUAUCAGCUCUCUUAACUGGAGUAAAUAGGGCAUUCCCCUUUGUCUCUAGUGAUGAAGCUGAUGAUAUUAUUGAUGUUCAAGCACCAGUACUCUUCCAAUUGGUCCAUUCCAAGAAUUUUAAUGUAGGACUUCAAGCACUGAUGCUUCUUGAUAAAAUAUCAUCCAAGAAUCAGAUAGCCAGUGAUCGGUUUUACCGAGCUUUGUACUCCAAACUCUUGCUUCCUGCUGCCAUGCACACGUCAAAGGUGGAAAUGUUUGUUGGACUUGUCCUGAGAGCAAUGAAGAGGGAUGUGAAUUUAAAGCGUGUGGCUGCAUUAUCUAAACGCCUUUUGCAGGUUGCGCUUCAGCAGCCACCACAGUAUGUAUGUGCAUGUCUUUUCCUCCUUUCUGAACUCCUUAAAGCAAGACCACCUUUAUGGAACCUCAUGUUGCAGAACGAAUCUGUUGAUGAGGAACUUGAACACUUUGAAGAUGUUAGAGAAGAAACUGAUGCUAAACCCAGCAUUGCAACAAAUAAGCAAGUUGACGUUGGACCUGUUCAGCAUGGUGGUGAUGACAAUUCUGAGAAUGAAUCUUCAGAAAAAGAAGAUGACCUACCUAAAUCUUCCGAUUCUGAAGAUGAUUCAGAUGAUGCUGAGUUUUUGCUAGCAAGGAAUGAAAAAGUUCCUGAGAAUUUGAAAUAUGGAGCUGAUGAUGAAGAUCACCUGUCAAAGAUAUCCUCCAACUCUUUGCCUGGAGGUUACAAUCCACGACACAGAGAGCCUUCUUAUUGCAAUGCAGACCGUGUUAGUUGGUGGGAGUUAAUAGUUCUUGCCUCACAUUCACACCCAUCUGUGGCUACUAUGGCCAGAACUCUUCUUUCUGGAGCCAACAUUGUCUAUAAUGGAAACCCACUAAAUGACCUAUCGCUGCCAGCUUUCCUAGACAAGUUCAUGGAGAAGAAACCAAAACAAAGUACAUGGCACGGUGCUUCUCAGAUUGAACCUACCAAACAGAUGAGCAUUAACAACCAUUUGAUUGGGCCAGAAAUUCUGUCACUAGCAGAAGUAGAUGUACCGCCAGAGGAUCUUGUCUUCCACAAGUUCUACACAAACAAAAUGAAUUCUUCAAAGAAACCAAAGAAAAAGAAAAAGAAGACAGCCGAUGAGGAGGCUGCUGAGGAGUUGUUUGAUGUUGAUGGUAGUGACGUUGAUGGGGGUGACGAGAGUGAUAACGAAGAGAUUGAGAAUCUGUUGGAUAAUGCUGAUCAAUCUUUGGACGCUGAUGGUGAGUAUGACUAUGAUGAUUUGGAUAAAGUUGCCAAUGAGGAUGACGAGGACUUGAUCGGCGAUGUUAGUGAUGGCGAGAUGGAAGUGCUCUCAGACAUGGCAGAGGAAUUCUCUGACGCACCAAUUGAAGGUGGCGAUGGUGGUGAGGAUGAUAAUGGUAUAGACGUUGGAGAUGUUGAUGAUGUUUCUGACGUUGAGGAGGAGGAUGUAGUUGAUAGGAAAAAACGAAAACGGAACAAGAAAAGCUCAGCGUCUCCUUUUGCAAGCUAUGAAGAUUAUGAGCAUCUAAUGGAUGAUGGUAACCAAACCGAAGAACCGUCUUCCCACAAGAAGCGCAAAUCUAAGAAAAAGUAAAGGUAGCAACUUUGAGAAGUUCAUAUUGGUGGCAUAGUCUCAUAGUUGACAUUGAUUUGUAUUCUUAUACUUGAUUUUAACUUCAGAUACAACUUCUAUGGUCCUGUAUUAAAUUCCAUACCCUGAAGCUUCUUCCAUUCUUUUUUCCUCCCCUGAUAUUUUAGUCAAAUGAAUGGAAGAAACCAAUUUUGCUGUUA